ACUGUUAACAACUGUUCUCAGACCAUCCAUGCUUGACGAGGGUGUACGCUAUGAGGCCCUAUCAGUGGCCAUGGGAGCCACGGUGAGGCCCUUGUCUGACUUCCAGAGGAACAACCCUGGCAAGACGCCUGAUAACCUUUUGACUGUGGAGGGCUUUCUCAUCGGUUCUGUCCUGGGCGUCACCUCUCUCCUGCAGUGGCUCAACCCUGUGUCAUGGUUGGCAUGGGGGGUGUCAAAGCUUUUCUUCAGUGAGGACAAAAGCAAGGCAACAGACACUGAACUCUACGUGGACGAGGCAGAAUUCUUUGAUAGGAAGUUUGAUUAUGACUUCACCAACGUUUCCGACUCCGAGUGUUUUGAGAGAGGCGGUGAGGGCUACAAGCGACCGUGUGGAUGGAAACGCAUUGCAUUGAAGGUUCUGGACAAAUACGGAGAUAACACGUGGCUCGGUCCAAACGGGUUUCGGACACACUCGGUUACCGGGGAGUGGCCAGUGUCGUAUCACGGUACCAGCGAGGACGGGGCUAAAGGCAUCAUCCAGUCCCACUAUAAAGCAGGAGCUAGGCAGCUCUAUGGCAGAGGGAUCUACUCCACUCCUGACCUCAGCCAGGCCAGCGGCUACGCUAGAGACUUUCUGUCGAAGACAAACAGGAAAACCUACAGGAUGGUCUUUCAGAACCGCAUCAACCCAGCCAAACGGACGAUCUGUGAGAGAGUUGACUACUGGCUUGUUCCAGUUAAUGACGGCACAUCUGAGGAAGAAGAGAGGAGGAUUGUGGAGCGCUCCAUACGCCCCUAUGGGAUUCUGCUGAGGGAGAUCUGAAGGGAGGUGUGAUAAGAGAAGGUACACCAAAGUCAUAGGGAAGAUGUCAAUUACAUACUUUCCCCUCUGACCUUCUCCUCCAAUGGGUUUUGAGAAGGAGAUGAGAGGAUGUGAGGAGUAUGCAAUUGAGAUCUUCCCUAUAGAGACUUUAGAGCAGGAAGCCAUGUUGGUUCUUUUUCAGAAAUAAUUGCCUCUGGAAGGAGUUCGAUUAUAUUUCACAUUCCAUCUUCUUUAUUCAUCUCAUAGUUGUGUGUUAUUGUUUUAAUCGGAGGGUGAAAGUAAACUUAGAGUAGCUUUGUAUUGUCAAAUCCAUGUUUUUUCUGUCUAGCUGUAUCAAUGAAGUGCCUUAAGUGAAAAUACAAUUUUUGAAUUACAUCAAUCAAUGUUGAUUUAAGGUAUAUGUUUACUAAAUUUUACUACAAUGUAUCCACUUUUCUACUGUUAAUGUUGUGACAUUAAUUGUGCACCUUGUUAGGUGUGAGUUCAAAUGUAUAUUCUCUUCAGUGAUCUGCCAUCAUUUCUGCUUUUUCCUGCUCUUUGUAUUAUAUGAUUUUAAAUGACUUCUUUUGUUUUAC